AUGGGCAGCAUCGCACGAGAAGAGGCAAAGCCCUCCUUCAAGACCCCUUGGGUCCAGACCCCCCUGGUGGAAUCAGCCUCCCUCUCCCGCGCCGCCGGAUGUCGUGUGUUCCUCAAACUGGAGAACGUGCAGCCCAGCGGCUCCUUCAAGUCCCGCGCCAUGGGCAACCAGAUCCUCUCACACCUCGUCAAGCCCGAGAACACCGACCGCCCCGUCCACUUCUACGCCUCCUCCGGCGGCAACGCCGGCCUCGCUGCCGUCUGUGCUGCCCGCAGCCUAGGCUACCCAUGCACCGUCGUGGUGCCGCUCUCCACGAAGCCGCUGAUGGUGCAGAAGCUGCGCACCGCCGGCGCCGCCGAUGUCAUCCAGCACGGCGAGACCUUCUCCGAGGCUGGCGAGUACAUGCGCGCCGUGAUCAUGCAGACCGUCUCCGAGGACGAAAGCCCCGACGUCGCGAAGAUUGCCCUCCACCCCUUCGAUAACGAGCCCAUCUGGGAAGGAAACAGCACCAUUGUCGACGAGCUCGUCACCCAGCUGCCCCCUGCCGUCGGGGAAGAUGAGGAACAGACCCACCGCGGCCGGCCAUUGCCCAUGGACGCGGUGAUCUGCAGCGUAGGAGGUGGCGGGCUCUUAAACGGCCUGGUCAUGGGCAUCGAGCGACACCGGGCAAUGCAGAAACGGAACCACAAGCUCGCUGCCGCCGGUGGUGAUAUCGUCCAAACAAACCCAAUCCACCUUCUGGCCAUCGAAACCGACGGCACCGACUCCCUGGCCGCCGCGGUGGCACAGAACUCCCUCGUCUCGCUGCCCAAGAUCACGUCGCAGGCCACCUCGCUAGGGGCCAUCCGGGUCUCCGAAAAGACCUUCGAGUAUGCGGUGUCGCCGCCGGCCGGGAUUGCCGUGCACAGCGCCGUGCUUUCAGAUGCCGACGCGGCCCGUGGAGUGCUGAGGCUCGUCGACGACGAGAGGCUGCUUGUGGAACUGGCGUGCGGCGUGUGCGUGGAGGCAGCUGUCGGGGACGCGGGCAAAGCAGCCGUCGCAUCGUCUUCCUCCCCGGUGCCUUCGUCCCUGGAGCGGAAGCGUAAGAGAACGAUGGAGGACAACCCCUCGCGAGAUGAAGGGUACGGGGAUGAUCGGUUAUCGGCGACGGAGAACGAGUCGGGGGCCGAGGACUCGGUGCCGAAUGGCACUUCCUCGUCUUCGGCGUCGCCGUUGCAGUCGAAGCUGAAGCAGCUCGUCCCGGACUUGAAUGCCGACAGUCGCGUGGUCAUCGUCGUGUGUGGUGGCAGCAAUGUCACUAUUGAUUCGGCGGUGGAAUGGCGGAAGAUGCUCCAAGAGGGUUGGGGCAAUUAA